UCUCUAGGCCGUAGAAAAAGGAACCCUGAAGUGUAACUUUGUGGGAGUGGCUCUGGGAGACUCUUGGAUCUCUCCACUGGACUCUGUUAUGACCUGGGGUCCUUAUCUGUACAGCACGUCCCUGCUAGAUGACUACGGCCUGCGGGAGGUGAGCAGUGCAGCAGAGGCGGUGAAGCAGGCGGUGGAUCAGGGGCAGUACCAGAAGGCCACAGAGCUCUGGUCUGUCACUGAGAGUGUUGUGGAACAGAACACAAACGGAGUCAACUUCUACAACAUACUCACCCAGGAACCUGAUGAGGAGAUGUCCUCCGUGGCUGGAGAAGGAUUCCUCUCCCUGCUGAUGCGGCAUCACAUUAGCCCCCUCCACCGCCAAUCACUGAGCCAGUUGAUGAACGGGCCAAUCAGGAAGAAGCUGGGAAUCAUCCCUCAGAACGUCACCUGGGGAGGUCAGGCUGAGGCAGUGUUCAGCAGCAUGUCAGGUGACUUCAUGAAGCCAGUGGUGGACGUGGUGGAUCAGCUGUUGGAUGCCGGGGUCAACGUCACUGUCUACAACGGACAGCUGGACCUCAUAGUGGACACCAUGGGUCAGUGA